AUGAGAAGACUAGUCGGUCAAUAUGCUAUACUCCUUCCACAACUUGCAAAUCUACGGGCAACCAAAAUUUUUCUCGCUGCUCUACUUCUCUGGCUUCUUAUAUUCCAGUAUUGUCGCUUCAAACUCUGGCGAGACCCUCAUUCCGCAUUCUUCAAUGACCGCCAUGUUUACGACCUCGGUUACAGUCUCUACCGCGAGCGCCAGGGCCAACACUUUAUCUCACAGUUUAACUCGCCUUCAGACCCCCCAGAAUCGAUUAAAGGAGAGCCCGAUCCCCUUAUCUGUGUUUCCUUUGUGACUAUUCGGAGAAAAUUAGAUAAUUAUUUUGAUCCAUCCAUCGGCUCGCUACUGGAGGGUCUAGACGAUAAGGAACGUCGUGCUCUACAUCAUAACAUCCUUUUCGCAGAUACAGACCCGACGAGACAUCCCAGCUGGGGCCAAGAAUGGUUAACGAGACUUGUUGACUCAGCGGGCCAGUACAAUGUAUCGGAAACAGAAUCAAAACAUUUGCAAAAGUUGGAAAAGGAAGAAAACUUCUAUGAGAAGGGGGUUUUUGAUUAUACCUAUGCCUUGGAAAGCUGCGAACAAACCAACGCUCCCUACACGAUUAUUUUCGAAGACGACAUUAUACUCGCCACCGGUUGGCUCACCAAGACACUCAAGGCCCUGUCCCAGCUAAACCCCAAGGACAAUUGGAUAUAUCUCCGUCUUUUCUACACCGAGACCGCGCUCAGUUGGAGCACGUCAGACUUCGCCUACAGGAAUAUGCCGUUUAUAUUUGCCUUCCUCAUGCUCCUCGCUUUGUCAUGCCUUCUACUCCUCCGUCGAUUCCGUCUCGGUCGCUCCUACCUCGAUUAUAUAAGCAUCACUGUUAUUUGUCUAGUCUGCGUUCCAGCCUUCACGGCUCUAGUUUAUAUGAUGGGGAAGUACACGCUAAUGCCGCUUCGUGGUGUCGUGGAGAUGAAUGAAUCUGGGUGCUGUACACAGGGGAUCUUGUUCCCAAAAGACCAGGUCAAUGGACUUAUUGGAUUCUUGAGAGAGAGGGGCCAUGGCCAAACUGACUCUAUGAUUGAAGAGUAUUCAGACAAGUCGGGACUCACACGUUAUGCAUUAGCGCCGCCGCAGCUGCAACAUGUUGGUCUGAAGUCGAGCCGGAAUAAUCUUGAUAUUAAUACCCAAAGUACUUGGGCUUUCUGGUUUGAAGAAAAUGACCCAGUGGCUUUAGAUGAGGAACAUAAAAGUCUGCUGCAGGAUGAGGAUGUACAGAGGUUGUUAGAUGGAUAUUGA